AUGAGUAUAGAGCAGUCUAUUAGGGAAUAAGAAAUAGAUAUAGAGGAAGCUAUGGAGAAAGUUGGUUAAAGUCAUAAGUACUAAAAGAUUGUGCUUAUUGCUUCAAUGCUUGGAUUAUUCCUUGUUGCCUACUCAUUCAUGAUGAUUACCUACUACCUCAGUCCUCCAGCUUUUGAAUGUUUUAAAGAUGGUAUUUGGUCCUCAUGUGAUGAAGAUAGUGGAGCCUGUGAUUCAAAUGUUAUCUCUCAUUUAUUGUAUGAGAAAAACAGAAGUAUAUCAGCUGAGCUAGAUUUAUACUGCAGUAAGAGAAUAUGGAGAACAGUCAUCUAAAGUAUGCCAUUCUUUGGAUGUGUUCUUGGUACUUUAACCUUUAACUUUUUGUCCGACAACAAAGGUAGAACUCUAGCGAUUCAAAUUUGCUGGACAAUAGGUAGUAUCUUUUCUCUCAUUUUGAAUUUUGCAGUGAAUAUACCAAUGUUAAUGAUAGGUGCUUUUGGUCUAGGUCUAGGUGUUUAGCCUUUAGGAGUCCUUCUUCUUGUCCACAGCAGCGAACUCUCGAGUGGAAAAUUUAGAGUAGUAGGAGUAAUAUUGCUCUAAGUAGUUUGGUCUUUGAAUGAAAUCUAAUAUAUUUGGAUGAUUGAUGUACUCCCUAAUUGGAAAUGGUGCACAUUCUUUUUCUUCACUCUUCCUUUCUGCAUCCUUAAUAUCUAUCCUUUCACUUUUUUGCAUGACUCACCAAGGUUCUUGUACUCGAAAAACAGAUAAAAAUGCUUAAAGACUUUGAAUUAUAUUGCCAAGGUUAACAAGAAGGAAUAAAUAUCAAAUGAGGAGCUAACGGAUGUUGCCAUUAAAUAUGAUAAGAUUUAUAGCUACUUAGAUCUCUUUAGAUAUAAAUCCCAGAGGGUUAACACAAUCUUGCUGAAUAUACUAUUUGUUACCCCUCAUGUCUUGUAUUACGGAAUCUAAGUUUCUCUUGAUUAACUUGGUUCUUCAUUUGGAUAUAACUCAUUAAUAAUUGGUAUUAGCGAGUUAGUGGGAUACUUCAUCUCAAAUCUAAUUUCACAUAAAUAUCCAAGGAAAUUAGGAACAUUCUUUACUAUCUUAGUUACUUGUUUAAUAAGCAUUUCUUUUUACUUCUACUCAAUACCUAGUUCUUGUAGCAGUGAAUCAGACACAUGUUGGUAAAAGAUCUUCUAAUCUGUCAUGUUAGCGCUUGCUAGAUGUGUUGUUUCUGUUACUUUUAGUGUGGUUAUCAUAUGGUGUGGUGAGAGUUAUCCAACAACAUUGAGAUCGGUUGGAUUUGGUCUAAGCUUUGCCUAUGGAUAUUUUGGAAGUUUUUUGGCUCCCUAUGUUGUUGAUACCUCCAAUAGAAUAGGUAUAAAUCCUAUGGUAAGUUUAGGAGUUCUAACACUUUCUGGGUGCGUGGCUGCCUUAUUUUUAAAAGAAACCAUAGGUCAACCAAUCUAAUAAGAUAUACCAGAACUUUAGCAAAUAGACAGCAGCAAAUAAUCUCUACUUCUUAAAUGA